CAAAACAGCGUCAACAGCGGCGGAAUAAUAAUAAUAAUUGGAUUGUAAAUAACAGCCCGAUGGAAGCGGCUGUCAACCCGCCUCACGACAGAAAAUUUCAAGGUGUGCCUCUGACGAACUAACCUGAGAAUUCAUCCUUGGACACAGUUUGGGGGAAAAAGGCAGCUCUCUGGUCGGGUUGUCCGGUGGCGGGAUGGACCAACACUCCAGCUCGGGCAAACGCAUCCGCAAGCCUUCCCUGCUGUACGAAGACUUCGAGAGCCCCUCUCUACCGCACAGCAUGCCCCAGGGUCCCCCCGCCCCGCCGCAGCCCCCGGUGAAGGAUCCCUCUCGACCGAGCCGCAUGACCAAUCAGCUGCAGUACCUCCAGAAGACGGUGAUGAAGUAUCUGUGGAGGCAUCACUUCGCCUGGCCGUUUCACGAGCCGGUGGACGCUUACAGGCUGAACUUACCGGAUUACCAUAAAAUCAUCAAACAACCGAUGGACAUGGGCACCAUCAAGAAGCGCCUGGAAAACUACUUCUACCGCAGUGCGAGUGAAUGCAUACAGGACUUCAACACGAUGUUCACCAACUGCUACAUCUACAACAAGCCGACAGACGACAUCGUGCUGAUGGCCCAGCCCUUAGAGAAGAUUUUUCUCCAGAAGGUGGCCCAGAUGCCCCAGGACGAGAUUGAGCUACCUGUUCCAGCUCCUCGAAACAAAAACAGCCGAGGAAGAGGCUCCAAAUCUAACUCGUCGAGGGCUCAGCAGGUGCCAGCAGUGUCGCAGUCGGCUUACUCUCCCUCUUCCUCAGACACCGGGGAGUCGAUGCUGGCCAACUCUCCCCAGACUGUGCUGACCAAAAGCCUGCCUCUAGCAAACAUCAUGGGCAUACCCCCAACGCAGCCCACAACCAAGAAGAAAGGUGUGAAACGUAAGGCAGACACCACCACACCCUCCACCAUGGGCUUGACUGUGGGCAUGGCGGGAGCAACGCACAUGGUGGGCUUAGGCAAGGGAGGCCACGGGGGCCAAGUCCACGACUCCUCCAUGCACAGCAUCUCGUCCAUGGGAGGUAUGAGUUUAGAGACUCCGCCUGGAAUGGGACUGGUUAGAAGCCCUGGAGGUCCUGUCCUGCUCCAGCCAAUGAUGUCCGGCACUGGGCGCAGAGUGGGCAGCGGACGCCCCAUCAAACCUCCUAAGAAGGACUUACCGGAUUCUGUCCAACCUCAGCCAUCAAGGAAGGGCAAACUGAGCCCACAGCUGAGGUACUGCAGCGGGCUGCUGAAGGACAUGUUGUCAAAGAAACACGCUGCGUACGCCUGGCCUUUCUACACACCCGUGGACGCAGGUUCACUGGGACUGCACGACUAUCAUGAUAUUAUCAAGUGUCCCAUGGAUCUCAGCACCAUCAAGAGGAAGAUGGACUGUCGUGAAUACAGGGACGCUCAGCAGUUUGCCAGCGACGUCAGGCUCAUGUUCUCCAACUGCUACAAGUACAACCCUCCCGACCAUGAUGUUGUUGGCAUGGCACGGAAGCUGCAGGAUGUGUUUGAGUUUCGUUUCGCCAAGAUGCCAGACGAGCCACACAUGGAUCACACGGCCAUGUCGAUGAGCGGCCACCCAACUUCCUCGUCCUCGUCGUCUUCCUCGUCCUCGUCCUCGUCUUCCUCCACCUCCGAGAGCGAGCCCAGCAGUGAGACUGAAGAGAGCGAGAGCAGCCCCAGCUCAGACAGCGAGGAGGAGCGAGCGCAUCGCUUGGCUGAGUUACAGGACCAGGUGUGCACACAACUCCGGGCCAUGCACGAACAGCUGGCCGCCCUCUCCCAAGGACCCAUCAUAAAGCCCAAGAAGAAGAAAGAGAAGAAGGAGAAAAAAGAGAAGAAAAAAAAGAAGAAGGUGGAGAAGAGAAGUCGAGUUAGCAGAAGCAGAGCUGGCUCUGAAGAAUGGAAGAUGCCCGGCAAGAUACUGAAGAGCAAGUCUGCCAGAGCGGCUGCAUCCCAGCCCAAGAAAAGCCAGGGAAAGAAGAGCAACAAGAACAGCAAAGCUGCAAAGAAGCCGUUCUACCCCCCGGUGGCCCCUUCCAUGCUGCCACACUACGACUCCGAGGAAGAGGAGGAGAUUGUGCCCAUGUCGUAUGAUGAGAAGCGUCAACUGAGUCUCGACAUCAACAAGCUGCCGGGCGAGAAGCUUGGUCGCGUGGUCCACAUCAUCCAGUCCAGGGAGCCUUCACUGAGGGACACCAACCCCGAGGAGAUCGAGAUUGACUUCGAAACGCUCAAACCGUCGACGCUGAAAGAGCUGGAACGCUACGUCAUGACCUGUUUGAGAAAGAAGCCUCGUAAGCCGUUCACUGAGCAAGUUGUAAAGAAAGGCGAUGUUCCCAAGUCUAAAGAGGAGCUGACUCUGGAGAAGAGGAGGGAGCUCGAGAAGAGGCUGCAAGAUGUCAGCGGGCAACUCAACUCCGUCAAGAAACCUGCGAAACCUAAAGUGGAGAAGCCCAGUGCCGUAGAGACCAACGCCCAGCCCUCUCGCCUCAGUGGCAGCAGCUCCAGCUCCGACUCUUCCUCAUCUUCCUCCUCCUCCUCGUCCUCAGACACCAGUGAUUCAGACUCUGGUUGAGAUCCUUAGUGCUGACUAAGAGAGAAAACACUAAUAACUCAGGGACUUGGGCUGGCCCAGGACACAACACACCCUGAAAAAAACAGUAGUGGGCUGAGAUAUUAGAUUAUUGCAGCGAAAAUCACACCAAGCUGACUACAAAAAAAAUGUUUUGAAUGUGGGACUGAGGGAUGUGAAAAAAUGUCUCUGUGGAUAAUCGUAGAACCCAAACACUAAAUGCCUUUGGUUUCUCCAUCCUCCCCUUUUGUAAAUACAUGUACAAAUGUAUGUUUCUUUUAUAAAGAAGAAUUUUAUGGUGAUCCCCAAAGAGGGAAGUGGACUAGUAAUAAUAAUAAUUAUUAAAAAAAAAAAAAAAAAAAAAUAGGAUGUGAAAAGAUGCGGCCCUUACUCCUAAUCUGCUUUGGCUGGCCUUAUGCUGUGUCCUCUAUGGCGAGGGAAUAUGGAGAGUGUUAUUUAUUUGUUUUCUUCAUCCACAUUUCCUCAGAUGUUACUGGAAUUUGAACCAGCAACCUUUUUGGUCACAAGCCUUGUUUUUCUAACAACUGGUUAUUUUAGAUUAUUCCCCCCCUACACACCUCACCCCACACUACUCAAACUCAGCCUUAAUGAUCUAGAUUGUUGUUAAUAGCUGAUUAUUAUUAUUAUUAUUAAUAUUAUUAUUAUUGUUGAGAAGCCCCAGGAUUUACUUCUCAUGUUCACAGGUCGGGGAGCUAUUGAGCAGUGAAUGACUGUAUGGUAUCUGCCAUAUUCGGGUCAAAUUUGACGUUGGUUACAGUUUGAGUUGUAGAUCAUCUCUGUUACGUUUACAAAAAUGUUAAAAUCUCAGUUUUACAGCGAGUUUUACAACCUGCCGUUCUUGGUUUUUGAACACAAGGUGGGUUUCAUAGUACAGUAUAGACACUGCUUAACAUACUGUAAUUACAACGUUUGCAAUUAAGUAACAGUUUCAUUCAGUUGUUAUUGUUUUUAUUGAUGCACUUUCUCCUUUAAAAAAAAAAAAAAAAAGCCCACCAGCCAUUUGAAGACACUCCAAUCUUCUUAACAUGACACUUAAACAAAAUACUGUCUUCAGUAUUUUCCCAUCUGUUCAUACAGCUCAGCUUCAAUGUUGUUCUUGAAAUGUCUCCUCUUGAGAUCAAACAGUAAGUGUGUGUGUGUGUAUCUAUUUCUUAAGAGCUGAACUCCGGCUGCUGAAACGAUCAGAUUUAUAGUGACGGUCAAACUCUCAAAAUUUCCACAUUUCUUUGUCUUGAACAUGUAAAGUAUCGCAUUACUGUUUCUUGAAGACAUUUUGUAGCACUUGGAAAAACACACAGCGACAGUUUCUUUAAAAGAAAUCUUUCGGCACUUACUGGAUAAAAAAAAAGAAGAAGAAAUAGAAAAGAAAAAGACGUUGACUGAAUAAACGCUACAAGAUUCCCCACACAGAGACGGGAGAGUCCUCAUAGUUCAUAGUUGAAGCUGUUGUUAAAUGUUCAGUGAAAGACGAUACACUUGUAUAUACUUACACUGUAUUUGCUGUUGCACAAAUUAUUGUAUUUCUGCUGUUCGGUCUCUUCUAUUUUUUUUUUUUCAGUUAUCUUGUAUCUUUUUCUUUUUUUUUUUUACAUGCUAAUAUUUCUCAUUCCAGUUAAACUGUCUUAGUUGUUUUCCUGAAGAAUGUUCACAUGAGCAUCGCUGCCUCUCAGAUGCAUACUGUU